AUGGGAAAAAGGAAGCGGUCAGAUAGAGGUGACAGUCAUGAACUAGAACGGUUGUUUAAAAAAGUUAAAAAGUUAGUGAGAACAAGAAGAAGAAUUUCGUCAUCAUCGGAUUCGGAAAAUAUGACUAUAGAAAAUACUUCGUCAACUCCUGUGCAAUUAAAUUCAAAUAUCGAAAACGAAGCCAACGAGAUCCUAAUUGAAAAUGAUCAAAUGAUAGAGGAAAGUGAUGAAUUAGACCCAGACAUAUUACAGUUACUGGGGUCAGAUCCAACACAAGAUAAAACCUUUGGUGAAAAUUUACAUAAAGAUCUAGCUAUGAGAUGGAAACAUAUUUUAACUAACGGGAUACUUAAAGAAGAAAAAGCGAAUCUUUUAAAAGAAUAUUUACCCGCAGAAAAUUGUAUCCCCAUGAAAGCACCGAUACUAAACCCGGAGUUGAAGUCGGCAUUGUCCGAUACCAGCUUAAAAAAGGACUCGUACAGUGAGCAAAAACAAAAUCAAAUGUCUAGCUGUAUCUCGGCUAUUGGCAAAGCAUUAAACUUAGCCUUGACACAAGUGGAAAAUAUCCCACAAGAAAUUAUUAAAACUCUGAGCGAUGCAGGGCGCUUACUGUGUGACACUCACUACAGAGAAUCCCUUUCGAGAAGGUUUACUAUUGUUAAUUCCAUAAGUAAACAAAAACGUGAAAUAAUAAAAAAUGCAAAAAUAGAUGAAUAUUUAUUUGGGUCAAAUUUAUCUGAACACUUAAAAACAUCUAAGGUCAUAUCAACGUCAGCAUCGGAAUUAAUAUGCACCACACAAAGUAGCAACAGAUCUAGUCAAUAUCGCUUGCAGCCAAGAACAACUCGCCAGGGGGCUUUAAACGCACGGGGGGCACCGCGGACAACGUAUGCCGAGCCGCGAGUGUACCCCGGCCAGUCUCGGCACUCGGUACCGCUCCAGCCGGCGCCGCCGCUACAGCCCCCUCCGCCAGCUCGGGGGCCACGCGACCGGCGCACUGCUCCGCCGCCGCCGACGCAGCGUUCGAGAUCUUACCCACAACAGACUCGACGACGUUGA